AUGAGUCCAUCAGAAACAGACUUAAAAGGAAAACUUUCAGUUAGUCAGGAUGCUGUGAGCAGUCUCAGGAAGCAACUGAAUGAUAGCCAGCAGCAGCAGCGUAACUUGGAAGAAAGGCAUCAGCAACUGGAAAUGGAGAAUAACAGACUGACAUUGGGAAAGGAUAAAGUAGAUAGUGAGCUGCAGCAACUACGAGCUUCACAGGAAUUCUUGAACAGGGAACACGAAAAGCUGAAGAGCGAGGCCCAUAUUCUAAAGCAAGAGCUUGAUGCAUCGGAGAAAGAGACACAGAGGAUGCGUCUUGUCAAUGCUGCACUUGAAAGGCAGAGAGAUGUGACUCGAGAGCAGAAAGAAAGUGAGCAGCAGGAGAAGGACAGGGCAAGGAUAGAGACUGAGAAAGGUCGUCGAAUUUUGGAAACUCUGGAGGGGAAGUAUUCCAGCCUGAAGGAGGAAGUGGCAGUGUUGAGAGAAGAGCUGGAAAAGUCCUCAUUGGAUAUGGAGCUGCUAAGCAAGGAGAAGUCUGAGCUGGAUGUUGCGCUUCAGAAGGCAGAGCAGUCAUUUGUUGAAGUCACUCUGUCAUACAAUCAGUUGAAGACAGAAGCAGCACAUCUUCAGGAUGCAGUGGUUAAACUUAGUGCCAUGAAUGAAGCCCUUGCUCUGGAUAAAGUCACACUCCAUCAGAGCAUCUUGCAGUUGGAAGAUAAGAGGGAAGAGCUUCAUUCCAGGCUGAAUGAUAUGGAAAAGGAGCAUAUUGCACUGAAGGAACAACUUGCUGCAGCAGAGAAGGCAAAUAAAGAGUUACAUUUGGACAAACAACAGCUGCAAGCAUCUUUGGUCAGCAUUGAAGAGUUGCAGGAGGCAAAGGAGCAAGAGAUUCAGUCACUAAGAUCGGAGAAAGAAGAACUGCAAGAAAGGCUUAGCCAGGUUACUCAUGAGUGUGAGAUGUCCAGUAUUGAACUAAUCCAGGCCCGCCAGGAAGGAAUUCGACUAGGGGAGUUACUGAGCAAGACAGCGCGGGAGAAGGAGGAUCUUGCAAGAGAAAAGGCCACCCUUGAGGUUCAGCUAAGCAUUGCAGAGCGAGAUCGACAUGCUCUUAGUGAGCAGCUUGCAGGACUCAGGUCAGCAAAAGAAACAUUGGAAACAAGUUUAUAUGAGGCUCAUCAGCACAUAUCUCAGCUGGAGAUUCUGAAGGAUCAUUUAGAGGUGCAAGUCAAGACGCUUUUGCAAGCAAAGGAAGUUAUACAAGGAGAAGUAAUUUGCCUGAAAACUGAAAUAGAAUCAGAAAAGUCUAAAUUUGAAGAAGACAUAAAUAGGCUUCAUCUGCAGAUGGAACAAAUGAAAGUGGAACAUCAGGCUACUUUGAAGAGUUUACAGAAUAUUCAGGAAGAAGAAGUGGCGAAAGUCCAUAAGGAAAAGGAGGAAGUGUGCCACCUGCUGGAAAUGAAACACCAGAAGGCAGUUGAGCAGCUGAUGGUAGAGAAGGAGGAUCUGUUAGCACAACAUGAAGAACGCCUUAAGGAGCUGAAUGCAGAGAUUGCAGUGCUGCAGAGUGAGCUGAACAAUGGCGUUUUACAAGCAGAGAAUGAAAAACAGGAGCUGAUGUUGAAGAAUGAAGCAGAGAAGGCUAGCCUCCUGGAGAAACUGACUCAAAAUCAGAGGGAAACUGAUGCACUUAGGUCAGAGCUGGAUCUUCUGAGGAAGGAAACAACAGCUCAGCAGGCAGCAGAACAGGUAUGCUUCAUUUCAAAUGUCGAAGUUUAUACUUAA